GUUUUCCUCGUCUGUGGAGGGAGAUGAAGGUGGAGCAGCAGCAUUGUGAGCAAGUCAUUGGAACUUGAGAGGAUAAGUGGACACUCCGAACAUGGGUGAGGCCCAGCUGGAAGACAUGGAUGAGAAAGAUGGAGUCUGCAGGAGCUUGCUGAGGAACAUCAUGCUGCUGACUGGCGACAUGGAACACCUGGACUCACACUUACAAGACUGGCCUGUGGCGCUGCAGCUGGUGGUCUGGGGCCUUCGAGGGGUCACCAGAGUGAUUCUGGCCAACAACCCGCUGAGUGGAGCUCUGAUUCUGAGCGCUCUGUACUGGACAUCCCCCUGGCAGUGCCUGCUGGGAACUCUGGGAGUUCUGACGUCCACGCUGACAGCUGCCCUCAUCGGACUGGACAGUGCUGAGAUCUCUGGUGGUCUCCAUGGCUUCAACGGCAUGUUGGUGUCUCUGCUCAUGGGAGUGUUCAGCUCAGCGGGGGACUGGUACUGGUGGCUGCUUCUGCCCGCCUGCCUGGCUUCUGCUACCUGUGUGUUUGUGAACAGUGGCCUGAGUACAGUGCUGGCCCAAUGGAACCUGCCUGCUUCUGUGUUUCCUUUCAACAUUGUGAUCAUCCUCUACCUGCUCUGCACCGGACACCAACACCCCUACUUCCCACACCACUAUGUUCCACCCGCCUGGAUGUUGGAGCUCAAUGCCACGGCUGUAGAGGGAGUGCAGGUGAUGCUGGGCAUUCCUCUGGGAGUGGGCCAGAUCUUUGCCUGUGAUGCCCUGGGCCCCUCUCUCAUCAUUCUGGCGGCUGUCCUCCUCUACUCUCCCCUGCUGGCUGCUCACGCUCUUCUUGGCUCGGCCAUGGGGACGUUGGCUGGUCUGUCCCUGGCAGUGCGUCCUCACUUCCUGUAUUCGGGUUUGUCUGGGUUUAAUGGUUCUCUUGGUUGCAUGGCAGUCGGAGGACUUUUCUUCACCUUCUCCUGGAGAACUCACCUGCUGGCUGUAGCCACCGCGUUCCUGUCUGCCUACAUGGACAUAGCUCUGAGUAAUCUGCUGGGAAAAGUGGGACUCCCAGCAUGCAGUUGGGCCUCGACGCUGACGUCCACACUCAUGCUGCUGCUGGGUGGAAGUUUAUCGACAUAUCGAAUACCGACUGACGAGGUCCGCGCUCCAGAAGUAAACCUGCAUUGUCAAGCUCAGUGGCGCGGAGGGAAAGCGUCACGGAGAGGCAGCAGUCACGUGUGACACCUGGCUUCUCCAGAGACGGGAAGAAAAUGUGAUCCUCUUUUUGGGAUUAUUUAGCUCCAUGCUCGUCUCUUUGUGGAGACAACUUUGAACCAAACU